GUUCACCGCAUGUUGUUUAGUUACGACCCGCCAUCCAUGCGCAAUUUAGAGAGAAAGAAGUGAGGGUGGCUAAAUGCUCGUGGUUCCGCGCCAUGCUAGCAGGUUUAGCACGAUGCUAGGCUAGCUGACAUGCUAAGUGAGUGGCUGCAUGGAGCAGUGUCCCCAUGGAUGACCUGACCCAAGCCCUCUCGGCCAGCUUUGCUGUGUCCAAGGAGCCCAACAGUACAGCCGCCCCUCACCCUCGGCUGGCUCAGUACAAGAGCAAGUACAGUGUGCUGGAGCAGAGUGAGCGACGACGGCGCUUCCUUGACCUGCAGAAAAGCAAAAGGUUAAACUAUGUCAACCAUGCACGGCGUCUGGCUGAUGGGGACUGGACGGGGGCAGACAGCGAUGGGGAGGAAGACAUGGAGAAACAGGAGGAGGGGGAGCAGAAGCAAGAUGACGGUGCAGAAGACGAGGGGAUGGAGAUUGAGCGGAGGAAGCUCCCGAAACAUUAUGCAAACCAGCUCAUGUUGUCAGAGUGGCUGGUGGAUGUUCCAUCGGAGCUGGACACUGAUUGGACGAUGGUGGUCUGUCCCGUGGGGAAGAGGUCUCUCAUUGUUGCCUCCAAGUGCAUGUAUUGGACAAUAAAAGUGAGACUCGACAGAGAUGCUGGGAUUAGUUGGAGAAAUGAUAACAGCCCUCUCUUCGCUCCUGUAUUGUUUCUUCUGAAGGGUUCCACCGCAGCGUACACUAAAAGCGGCUAUUGUGUGAACCGUUUCCCUUCCCUGUUGCCCGGUGGGAACAGACACAACUCUGCCAUGGGAAAAGACUACACGAUCUUGGACUGCAUUUACAGCGAGGUGGACAGAACGUACUACAUCCUGGAUGUCAUGUGCUGGAGAGGACACCCGGUCUACGACUGCCCAACCGAGUUCCGUUUCUACUGGCUCCAGUCCAAAGUCCAGGAGACAGAGGGCCUAUCAGAGAUCGCCAAACGCAAUCCUUUCCGGUUUCUGAGCCUCCAAAGCGUAGACUGCACCAAAGAGUCCAUCCAGAAAGCCCUGGCAGCCGAGUACAGCUUCAGCGUGGACGGUCUCCUCUUCUACCACCGACAGACCCACUACACCCCUGGCAGCACCCCUCUGGUCGGCUGGCUUCGCCCCUACAUGGUCAGCGACAUCCUGGGCAUCGAGGUUCCCGUGGGACCCCUCACCACCAAGCCCGAGUACGCCGGCCACCAGCUGCAGCAGAUCCUGGAACACAAGAAGACAUCCAGCGAAGUCCGUCCAGCCAACAGAAGUGGAGGCUACGAGUUAGAGUACCUGUCCACCCCGAGCCAGGACAGCGGGGACACCCUGAACUUUUUGAAUCAGAAACCUAUAAAGGAAGCACACAUGGAGGUCUGAGUGGGAGACUUAACGAGAUGCAAAUUGCUAAGUCAGUGUUUCUGAGUGGUGGCGGCCCACAUAUGGCUCUUUAGAAUGUCUGCUGAAUGGUUCUGCUGAUCUGACCAAUUGCAAAGCAUAGCUAAUUCUAAUCCGCCGCUGCUCCGGACACCCCCAGAGUGCAGAUUAGUAGAGCUAUGUCGUUGUUUUAUAUGGCUAAAAAGCCAGUCUGACAUUUAGAUGUUGUACCUGCGCACAACUUCCUUGAGAAUAACUGCAAGGAAUGUUGCCACUAUAGUUACUAUUUUACAGAGUGUUAUAUGUUUGUGUUCAGUUGUUAAUUUGCUGCUCCACUCCUUACACUCUGAAAUGAUCUUGCACGAGAAACAUCACAGCCCUGCGGUUGUCAGUUGCAGGAUUUCUACAACUCUUGCCAAUUCUCAUUGACCAAAAAAUACAGUUUGAAGCAGAAAGUAAUCAAGCUAUUAGAAUGAACACUGUUUAGGAAGGUGGCGUAUUACUGACUGGUCAAACCUUGUAAGCUGCGACAGUGCUGAUUGGCAACUGUGACAUGGACUUUUACAACUUAAUGUUAAAUUUAAAAACUGCUUAGAGAAUGUUUUAAAGUGUAUGUUUCUAAAUAAAUGUUUUUUUUAUUGGCUUA